AUGCAGCUUCUGCCACUUCUAUUGCUGGUGGCUUUCUUCCCAGGUGGUGACAAUGAGGAAGCCUUCCAGGGGCCAACCUCUUACCAUGUCAUCCAGAUCUCGACCUUUGCCAACAGCACCUGGACACAAAAUCAAGUCUCAGGCUGGUUGGAAGAUUUGCAGAUUCAUGGCUGGGAUAGUGACUCGGGCACUGCCAUAUUCCUGAAGUCCUGGUCCAAGGGAAACUUCAGUAAUGAGGAGAUUACUGAGAUAGAGGAGCUAAUCCGAGUCUACUUCUUUGGAUUCAUUCGAGAAGUGCGGGCCCAUGUCAGUGAACUCCAGAUGGAAUACCCCUUUGAGUUCCAGAUCAUAGCAGGCUGUGAGCUGCAUCCUGGGGGUGACAUAGUAAGCUUCUUUAGGGGAGCUUUUAGAGGACUGGAUCUCCUGAGCAUCAAAUAUUACUCAUGUGUGCCUUCCCCAGAAGGCGGAAUCACAGCACAGCAAGUCUGCACACUACUCAAUCAAGGUAUCAUCGAUAUUAUAACGAAGCUCCUCUAUGAAACCUGCCCCCGCUAUCUCUUGGGUGUCCUUGAUGCAGGGAAGGCGGAUCUGCAGAGGCAAGUGAAGCCCAAGGCCUGGCUGUCCAGUGGCCCCACUCCUGGGCCUGGCCAUCUGCUGCUGGUGUGCCAUGUCAUAGGAUUCUAUCCAAAGCCUGUGUGGGUGAUGUGGAUGCGGGGUGAGAAGGAGCAGGCGGGCACUCAGCGAGGUGACCUCCUGCCCAAUGCUGACGGGACAUGGUAUCUCCGAGUAACUCUGGAUGUGGCAGCUGGGGAGGCAGCUGGCCUGUCAUGCCGGGUGAAGCACAGCAGUCUAGGAGGCCAGGACAUUGUCCUCUACUGGGGACACCGCACCUCCAUUGGCUUGAUGUUUUUGGCAGUAAUGGUGCCUUCUUUGAUCCUUUUGCUGUGCUAUGCAUUAUGGUUUGUGAGGCACUGGUGA